UCAUCUUUCUCCUUCGCGUUUUAUCCCCGACGCCGACUUCUUCUACUGUGUAUCUCCCCGACUUCAUGUGUCUCAUCGACUUCUGCUACUCUCUCUCAGAAGAAAAUCCCAAAUAAUUUCUUCUUCCUCUUGUUGUGAUUGCCUGCUGCACAUCCUUGCUCCUGUCGGCGUCCACUGCCACAUACGCGUGUGCGACCAAAUACUCUCUUGAGGCAGCAGUCACCUUGGAUGCGCGAGCGACCGACCACCUCCUUGGCAGCGUGCCCAACCAAAUGGCGCGGCGUUCACUACAUGGGUCGUUGCCUCGACAUCCCUGCCUUGGCUGUAGCUGCCUUGCCUUUGCCGUGGCUGCCAACAGCAUCCCUGCCUUUCGCAGCUUCUACCCUUACUUGGCCACGGUGGUUGCUAUUUGGGCCGCUGCCACAGAAUUCUGCCGUGGCCGUGGCCGCUAGUAGCAACCCUGCCUUUGGCAGCCGCUGCCCUUCCUUGGCCAUGGUUAUCUGUCAUAUCUGUCACAACAAGCAUUGCUUUUGAAAGGGGUGAAAGUAAUGUAGAAACAGUUGGUUACCAGAUUCCUUUAGAAGCAAAAUCUUCUAUGCAAAACAUGUCUACUGUUUGUACAACGGGAGUCUUACUCCAAAGGCCCACACUUCCUAUCAAUCAUAAAUGGAUUCUUAUCUUAUAUCUAGAAUUUAUUUUCAUUUUAAACUUCCAAGCAUGUUCUCCAGUUAAGUAAAUAUUUCAGUAGCCUUGCAAAUUCUCACUUUAGAAAUUCAUUUAAUUGUCAAAAGUAGAACAUUUAUCAAAAUAAUUUAGAUGACUAACCCAAGAUCAGAUUCUACAUAUUCUUCUUAAUUUAGUUUAUUUGACCAAUGCCAAUAUUGCAGAACGUACAUAUGAGUACUAUCUAUUUAUCUAGCUUUGUGUCAACAUGUGGAAAAUGUUAUUUUACCAACUGGAUUAUGCCUGCCAUCAUAUAGAGAAGUUUUUCAUGUUGUCUUCUAUUGGUGUUACCGUGUUACAUAUCAAAAUGUGAUAGAUGGAAACCAAUGUAGAAUUUUGUUUUGCAAUUUUUGUACGGAUUUGAAUUUUUAUAAAAUUCUGUGGUUGGUUUAGUUGAUAUGAAAAAUGCUAAUAUCUAGAAUGGCAAAUAAUAUUUUUUUAGUUUUAGAUGGAGUUAGAAAGCUUUUAGAGAACAAGCGAUUUAGGCAAUUCAUUCUUGUUUUGCUAUCUAGAUAUCUCAAGUCUCAAAUUUCCAUUUGAAAUAUACUAUAUCGCAAUGUAUUUCUUAAAUCAGGACAAAUUUGGGAGAGUUAAGUAAGAACCUGAUGGAGCUUUGGAGGUUAGUUUUUGUUGUAUGAUAACUUUAAGAAUGUAGAUCUUCAUCAAAAUUACCUACUAGCAUGUCAGUUUUGGAUUUUUCUUUUUUACAUUGUCUAUGUAUCUUGGUCUUUGACAUGAAAACAUGUGGUUUACAUAGAACAUGAUUUACUGCAAGUCUCUUUUGCUGAAUUUUAUUUGAUGUUAAUUGUAGAAAUUUUUUGUUUGCUGUUUACGCCAGGAUAGUUCUACAUAAAUUGUGUUUGCUGAAUUUUAUUUGUUAUUUACUGUAGUUCUCUUUUACUGAAUUUUAUUUAUUGUUUACUAUAGGAAUUGUUUUUUGUUGCUUACUGCAGGAAAGUCCUACAAGAAUUUUUGUUUGUUGAAUUUUGUUUGUUGUUUACUGCAAUUCUCUUUUGCUGAAUUUUUUCUUGUAUUCUCUUUUGCUGAAGUCUUUUGCUGAAUUUUUUUAUUUAUGUGAUGCAGAUGUCUAAAAGAGGGACGAAGAAUAUUGGUUCCAACAAAGGAAGAUAAGGGGGAGAAGACGACAGAGAUGAUAAUCUUUUACAAUACAUGAUGAGCAACAUGAUACCAUGCUUGAACUUAACAAUAUGCUAAAUGAAACACAAGUACGCAAAUUUUAUCUUGAUGAUGUAGUUAGUAAAUGACAUUAUAUGUAUUUAUUUGUCUAGGAUGUGGAGGGAAGAUAAAUUUUAGAAAAUGAGAUGAUUAAUGAUGCUCGAUACGAAGAAGGUAGUUCAUCAGUAGUUUGAUUUACAUGGGUUACCCUUACAAAUACUUGAAGAAAGAAAAAAGAGUUGAGUAUGUGUCAUUUGUGGAUCCUGGUCACAUACCUACAUACGGUGUGGGUGAAGAAGGUAGUAAAUUGUCACAACAUAUUGCUGCUCAAUUGAGAGCAUCGAACAGAGAUAGCAUCUGCUUCAUCCCAUAUAACACUGGGAACCGAGACUAUGCUUGGCAAACUAUUGUGACCAAUGGAGUCAAGAUAUACAAUGCAUCAAGGGGUAUUUCAAAAGGACCAGGUUUUAAACAAUUGGCAGGUAUUUUUAAACAAAAUGGUGUUGUUGAAUGUGGAUAUUGUGUGAUGCGGUACAUGAAAGAGAUAGUCUUGGAUGAAGAUCCACAAUUGGAGAGAACGUUUGCAGCAUUAAAAAUUAAACAGUAUUACAAUCAAUCUCAGUAUGAUGAAGUCAGAAGUGAAUGGAGCGAAUUCGUUUACUUCUAUGUGGGUGCCUAAGUGUAGGCUAUGAUAUAAAUUUUAGACAUGUAUUUAAUUUUUGGA